AUGGCAGAUGGGGCGCAGGCCAACCCCAGAGGGUUCAGGAAGAAGAUGCUGGUUAGAUGCUGCUCUGCGUGGAGGGGUCCAAGCUGCAGGGCCUCUGCCCCUUCCAGAACCUUCAGGUCCAGCCUGGGCGUGAAGCUCCUCGUCAUCGCUGUCCUGGCCGGUCGUGUUCUGUCCAUAGCCCAGGGCAGCCUGCUCAACUUGAAGUCCAUGGUGGAGACCGCCACAGGCAGAAGCGCGAUCCUGUCCUUCGUGGGCUACGGCUGCUACUGCGGGCUGGGGGGCCGCGGCCUGCCCAUGGACGAGGUAGACUGGUGCUGCCAUGCUCAUGACUGCUGCUACCAGAAACUCUUUGACCAGGGCUGCCGCCCCUACGUGGACCACUAUGACUUCUCGAUGGAGAACGACACCGUGAUUGCGUGCAGCGAGCUCAACAAGACAGACUGUGACAAGCAGACGUGCGAAUGUGACAAGAGCGUGGCUCUGUGUCUCAGGAACCAGACGUACCGGGAGCAGUACCGCAGCUACCUCAACAUUUACUGCCAGGGCCCCACGCCCAACUGCAGCAUCUAUGACCCGCCCCCAGAGUUCAUCUGCGGACACCACUUCCCAGUGACCCCUGCCCCUCCCUAG